AUGUCUCGCGUUUAUGCCGAUUCCGACUAUUAUUGUCCAGGCAGCAUCCUGACUCUCACCAAGUACACGCCAGUGAAGCCUCAUGGUACCUCUGAUUACCAUCCGAACCCACCACCUGGCCCUGAACUUCGCCACUUCGACCCUCACCGGUUUAUCCUCAAGGAUGAGCAAGUUCAACUUGAGGUGCUGGAACGCUUUUCAAUGAACCCCGGACCUCAAGUCUUCCGUUGCAAAAUCAUUGCGUCGCCCAAGUACGAGGAUAAAGAUAACCGCGAGAAGGUCCCCGACCCACAGACCCAAGUCGUGGCCAAAGUCUUUGACCACAAGCUCUGGCAGAAAUAUAACGGCACGCCGAUCGACAACAUUGAACUCAAUGAAGGCCUUCUCAGCCGAGAGAGUUGGGCUUACAAGCAUCUCUACCAGAAGAACUUGACCGGCCCGCCGAACAUCACUGCCCAGUACUAUGGCACUUGGGCCGUCAAGUUCUCCGCCGGUAAGACUCCCGAAGGGCCCGACCAGUACAAAACCGUGGCUCUCAUCCUCAUGGAGUACAUUGACGGCUACUCCAUCAAUGAUCUCUGCAAUCGAGAUGAGUACGGUAACCUCGUCCCGGACGAUGAGUUGCCGUUAGAAUUCCACCAAUCCGAUACGGGACGUCCAGUGCUUCUGGAUAUCAAUCACGACACGCGAAUGGAGAUUCUCAGGCAGCUUAUCCACGGCACCGUCGAGCACAUGCACGAGGGGGUCAUGGACGGCGAUUUCGCACCCCGCCAUGUAUACAUCACAAUGCGAGACGGAACAGGUGAUCUCGAAAAGCCUCGGACAGUUCUGUUCGAUCUCAGUCGCGCACGACUUUGGUCAAUGACCAAGUACGUGCAACUGCCCGCCGAAGGCAUUCACUGCUACGAGCUCGUUCCGAAUCCAAUUCAUCCCUCCGAGGUCUUCAGCGCCCCCGCGCUAAGCGACUUCGCCGGAUGGUUUCCCCAAGAGUGGCUCAACGAGGCUAUCGAGGGAGACAUAAGGGAAGGACGCUUUCGGGACUGGUUGAUAGAGGCUUUCGGUCCUGUGCAGGAGGGACCAGGUUACUCCAUCCACCAAACCGUGGAUAGGGCUAUCGCCCAGAGAGAUAGAGAGGAGGACUUGAGCAAGAUGAAGGCGGCGAUCAUCGAGGGUGACUUUCACGUGCUGCCCUACCCACCCUUCUACCCGGCAGUCGCUACUUUGGAGAUCCCGCGUUUCGGCUCCCUCAACAUUUCACGGGAAUAA